GCAACAGUCGCCAUCUUGUGUUCCGAAAACAAUAUGGCGCUGGAGAAGUAGUAUGAACUUUUUAGGGAUGAAAACUUGAAUUUUGCUGCAUUUCUGAAGACUUGUUGAAGAGAGAAGAUAAAGAUGCCAGUGAUUGUGCAGCCCCCACAUAUGUUGAACCAUGCCAACAGGAAUGUUACUGUCAUGGAGCCCUCUUCACCUCACAACAAGAAACCCCUUAAGAAGAAAAGGCUCCUAAAAGUCAGUAAGGCAGACAAAACCGUGCAGUCCACUUACUAUGGGAUUGAGGUGACAGGGAACAUGACCUGGCAGGGCUGGGAGCCAGGCAAGGAGUACACAAAACAACUGGUCCUCAGGAACUGUAAGGUCAAGAUGGAGAAAAUCAAGUACAGCCUUCCCAGCACCACGUUCUUCCACACGUUGUUCCCUAAGCCUCUCCAGCUGAGCCCAGGCACCAGCUUCUGUCUCCCCGUCACCUUCAGACCGCUGGAGAAGGCUGUUUAUGAAGAUGCCAUAGAAUUCUCCACAUCUGAGGGAAAGUUCACCAUUCCUCUGAAAGGAAUUCUACCCCAAGAAAGCCUGUCUAUGCCAGAGGCAGUCAACCUUGGUACCUGUGCUGCCUAUGAUGCUGUCAAUGCCACAUUUGAGCUGAAAAAUUUAAGUGAACUUGAAACACCCUUCAAGUGGAAAGUUGCAUCAGCUUUUACCAUGGAGCCAGCAUCUGGCACCCUCCCUCCACAUGGAUCAUGUACCAUCAGGGUCACAUUCAAACCUAUGGGUGCGAUGGUCUAUGAUGCAGUAGCAGUGUGCAACUAUGGUCCAGAGAAUGUCUACUUUGGUACAGUGAAGCUAGAAGGCAUUGGCAAAUUUCCACAUAUUGUGGUGAGGACCGAAGGGAAAGAUACGCAGACAUUUGGCGCUACCGCGGAAACUCUUGUGGACUUUGGCACCGUUCCUGUCGGCAAGUCUGUGGAGAAAUGGGUGGAACUUCAAAACCUCUCACCUGUGAAAGCAGCUUUCAAGGUUAACCAUCCCGAGGCCACCUCCCGUAUUGAUACCGUGUUCUCUGUCGGUGUGAAAGAAGGGACUGCACCGCCAAACAGUUCCUGUAAAAUCCCUCUCAUCUUCAGGCCUGAGCUGGUGGGAGAGACGUCCAUGGACUAUCUGAAUGUGGUGGCCAUCGGGAACAUCAGCAAAGCUGUUAUCAAAUGUGUGGGCAAGGCGAGGGGACCAAGUGUGUCCAUUGGGUCCCAGGCCCUAGCCUUUGGUUGUGUGGACUCAGGCGGUACGGUCACACAGACCUUCAACAUCGUGAAUGAGACAGAUCUGCCAGCCUCCUACCAGUUCAUGAUAGACAGCAGGGAGAGUGUGUUCAAGUUCGAGCAUGUGUCGGGAGUUCUGCCUCCACAAGGCCUGCACAAAGUAGUGGUCCACUUCUGUCCAGUCCACCCCAUCAACUACUACAGAAGAGUUGCUUGUCUUGUGCACAAUCAUGAUCCCCUGUAUGUGGACAUGAUUGGCACCUGUCACACUGAGCUGGUCAAGCCAGCUGUGCUGCACCUGCACCACCUGGAGCGGUACCAGAAGCACGUGGAGCGAGGCUUCUCCCUCUUCCCGCCAGAACUGCUCAACAACCUGGUCAAGGAAAACAAGCUGCAGCUGGACCAGACCGGCGCACUAAUGUUGAAGGAGGCUGAAGCUGUGGAGCCCUUCACCCACCCACCCUUCCAUCCCUCUCCGAUGACGGAAUUCUUCGACGACGGCCACUACAGCGACGUCACGUACUCCGUCCGCCAUGUCAGUUCUGACCUCCACCAGGCCGACUUCGGACGCUGCACCAACUUCAAGAAGAUCCCCUCUCAGGUGGUCCACCUGACCAAUCACACGAAGGGAAAGAUCACGGUGUACUGGAUGUGUCGCGACAGCAACAUCUUCUCCGUCACCCCGCAGACGUGCGACAUUCCGUCGGAGGGGGCAACGUCGUUCCGUGUGACCUUCAAACCGGAUGCAGAAGACCAGUUUUUCGGGGCAGAACUGGAAUGUUUCGCCUUCUACAAAAGCAUGCGAGACUUCAAACUGGUGGAGGACAAGUCCUUCUGCCCGCCGUGGUGCCUCACGCUGACCUGCAUCGGCCACACGUUCAAGCUCGGAAAGGAAACAUUCCUUCCACGCUUCACCCUGGAUUCCAAACGUGUCGUCUUUCCUGCCGUGAACCCGAACGAGAGCACCUACCGGACCGCUCUUCUCACCAACCACAGCGACACUCCCAUACAGUAUGUCUUCAGCCAAGACGAGACAAAGACGUUCACGAUCAAGCCAUCCAAGGGGCUCAUCCCGCCCAAGUCUCACCAGCUGUAUGCCUUCAGGAUGCUGCCAGCUGUAGCAGACACCUACAGGUACCAGCUGCCCUGUAGGAUGAACGACAAUGACAAACACAUGCAUGAGGUGACCUUGGUGGGGUCGGCAGAGUCAGCUGAGGUGUAUCUACCUUCACAGGGAGAGCUCUUCUUUAAGAGUACAAGCAUCGGCACAACCACUGUCCAGAAGUACUGUCUCCAGAAUACCUCAAGACUGCCCGUCCAGUUCGAGUGGCGUCUCAACAGUGAUGACAGGAAGAGCCUUGCCGUCGAGCCGACUGCGGGAACUAUUCUACCCAAUCAGGAGCAGGAACACACGUGGAUGUUUUCUCCUUCAGAGGAGACCAAAUACGUCCUGAAGCCAACCCUCAUCACCAUGACAACCAGUCCUACAGGUGCCAUCGGAGAGAAGACGAAAUAUAUGCUGAGAGUCAUUGGGGAGGGCAGUGCUGGAAACAUACAGGCUGAACAGAGAGAGAUUGACCUCCAGACUGUCCUUGUUGGAAGUUCUGUCUCCAAGGAGAUUGUUCUGUACAAUGACAACAGCUGCACGCUGCACUACAAACUCAUCGUGUUCCAGACCAUCACUGGUACCGCUAACGAUGAAGCAGCCAAUAGGGACAGGAUAGUUCUGGAGUUGGAGAAGGAUCGAGGCAUGCUUCCAGCCCGGGCCAAGAACAGGAUCCUCCUGACCAUCCGGCCAACCAGACGUGCCACGUACACCUUCAACAUCAUGUACCAGCUACUGACUCCUGAUGGUCGCAGUGUGAACCCAGUGUUCCCAGACCCAUCAGACCUGUGUGAGGUGGUUGUGCAGGGCGUGUACCCUACUCUGGUUGCCACGGACGCCCGUUGCUAUGGCAGCGGCAUCGGCAUUAGCAAGCGGCAGCUGUGGUCUCUGUUCUCCCUGGACAACAUGAACCUGUGCCUGGACUCUGACCCGGCCGAUGAUGAGCUCACCUAUGUUCACCCCACCAGACACAGUACCAGAUACAGACCUCCUGUCUACACACGAGCCAUUCUGGACUUUAACUUCAGCGCCGCACCAGUGGGGAGUGAGGAAUGUGUGGUGGAUCUACUGUUGGAGAACACUGGAACUGUCACUUCUGAAUGGGCCUUCCUGUUCCCGACAGACCUUCAGCUGGAGCUGGAGUACUGGGCGGAGACGGGGGAGUUUGAUGAGGAGGAGCUGCACCAGAUGAGGGUGACAGACAACAGACUCUUCUCUGUCAAACCCAAAAAAGGACGGCUGGACCCAGGACAGACACAGACUGUCACCUUCACUUACAGCCAUGAUAUGGUUGGUACAGACCGACUGCCUGUACUGUUCAAGUUGAUGCGAGGGCGGGAGAUUCUGCUGAACUUUGUCGGGGUGACGGUGGACCCGGAGAGGAAAUACGUGCACUUCCCCAGCAGCAGGCACAUGUUCGCGCCUGUUCCCGUUGGCGCAACCUUUCCUCCUAAACAGGUGUAUGAGCUGUAUAACGGAGGUGCCGUCCCUGUGACCUACCGCCUGGACCUGACCCCACUUGACCUCCUACAGGGGGAAAACUAUAACCAGAAGAUCUUUGAAUGUCUGAACCCCAUAGGGGACAUUCCACCAGGCAGAACAGCCGACAUUGAAUGGGUCUUCUCACCGUUUGAAGCUAAGACAUACAUGGUGGACGUGCCCAUUCACAUCGUGGGUGGGGACACGGCACUCAUCACCUUCACAGGGGUGGGGUAUGACAGGAGGAUCAUGGGAGAUACCAUGCCCAUCACGGAACAAGCUUCCUUCAGCGGGGUACCGGGUGUCCAGAGUGUCCCUGUGCCCGGCCAGCUGGUGUUCCUGAACGAGGAGCGGGUGUCGUUUGGAAACAUGCCGCUCUUCAGCCGCAAGCGGACAGUCCUGUUCCUGUACAACCGCUCACCCGACCACGUGGUGUCGUUUGAGUGGCACUACACGUCUGCACUCGCCAGUCAGUGCCUGGGCAUCACCCCAGUGUCAGGAGUCCUGCAGCCACAGGAGAGCCUUCUGUGCAAGGUCGUCUUCACUGCCAAGGGUGUACCGUCCUUCUAUGACCUUGACCUCAUCUGUGAGGUCACAGACGAGACAGAGAUGGCCAAGUACAAGAAGGAGCUUAAGAAAUGGGAAGCUGAGAAGGAACGGCAGAAGUAUGAGUUCACGAUCACGGAGGACAACCUGACCGCAGACGAGGAGAAAGGUCCGCCUUCUCGCACAGCGACGUCCGGCGUGCUGCGGCCGUGUCGGUCUGGCAUUGACCAACCACAGCGCUCCAACUCUGAGGGAGACUUAAAGCGAUAUCAGACACUCCCCCCUAUUAGAAAGUCCACCCCUGACCUGAAGAAGUCUGCGGCAGGUGAUGACAUCUGGGAGCAGCCGCAGCCGCCACGGGCCUUCCUCCUGCACCUGGGAGCCACGGCACGCACGCACGCCAUCGAGGAGUUCCAGCAGUACUUCCCUGAGGAGGCCAAGGUCAUGUUCAUCGACAGGACGUUGGGAGAAGAGUUAACAGCUAGUCUGAAGAAGAGGAUGUACGGGGAGGAGGGAGAGGAGGAGGGGCCUGUCGACCUUGGAGAGGUCAGCCAUGAGGAGAAGGACACCAUGUCCCACGUCCUGUCCAACAUCCUCAGGGACUUGUUGGAUGACCCUAACUUCCAGGAAGCAGUGGACAACAUCAAGAACGAGCCCAUUCCGUACUUCACGCAGUUCAGUGAGAAGCCGCUAGGGGAGCCAUCCCUGCCGCAGUCUCCUGAGUACGGGCAGGAGGAGGGGGAGAGGGUGUCACCGCUGGAGGAGCCGCCAGUCGCCGUGUCGCCUGAUCUUGAACCUGAACUGCAAGGACUGUCCCCUGAGCCGUCGUACGAGGUGCCGACCCCCGUGGCUGAGGAGCCGGGUCAGGAGAGGAUUGACGCCCUCGGGGUGGAGGAAACCAUGGAGCUGGAGGCCAAGCUGGAGCAGCAACAGGCUCUCAAGAGGACCCCAGAGUUUGCCAGCCUGCUGGAAGACGUGAUUGAGAACACCAUGGCCAACAUCAUGAUGGAGGCCAGUCGUGGUGAAGUCAACCUGACGGCACGGCCGCGUAUCAUCGCCCUCCCGCCCAGCUCCGCCAGCCCACAGACUCUCGUGAAGACCGGCUUCACCACGACGAUGACGCAGAAAACAGGCCACACGACCCGGACCAAACCGGCCACGACCGUUCCGCCCAGCACGUCGUUCACGCAGAAAACGGGCGUGACCACGGUCGUCUCCAGGCAACAACAAAGCAUCAGCACGACUACCAGAGACUGAUGCUAUCUGACAUGAACACUGUGUAUAUAUUUUCAGCGGAGCGGCACAAUUAUUCUGUCUGUGUUGUUAUGAUUGCCGGCACAGAUUUGCCAAUCUAUGUAGAGAAUUCUGUAACAAUAAAGGUGUCUUUUCUGACAUAUUCUGAUGUAUAAUAUAGAACCAUAGCUUGUUGCACACUUGUAUGCUGUAUCAUAUAUAGGCUCAUAUUUUUUUGCAAACUUAUUGAUUUUUUCUUACAAUUAUGAAAACAUGAUGUUUCAACCAAACAUGGUUUGAUUUGGAUUUUGUGAGUGAUUAGUGCCUAUUGUGCCUUAUAUAGGGCUGCUGCAAGCUGUAUAAAAUCGAAGUCAUUUUCUAACCAAUGGUCUAAGUGUCUUACACAAAGAAGACAUCCUUUCUCUCCAAGUGCCUUAUACUGGUUAGUUUCUUGUAAAUACAUAAAAGGAAUAUGGAGACUUGGUAUUCAACUUUCUUUUUGAAUUGUUGUGGUUGGAUUGCUUUAAAAAAAGUUUCUGUAUUCAUUGUAUAAGAAAAAUGAAAAAAGGCUGUGUAUUGUACAUGUUGUAGACAGCACAUUCUAAGAUUUUCACACAGAAAUCUUUUGAAGAUGACACAUCUGAGGUGUAUGAACUAUUUUCUUGUUGGAAGGGGGACCACAUGUAUAUGAAUGAGAAUUGCUGUAAUUUUCUAUGAGAAUUAGAAGUCAUUAAACAGAAUUCUGCACUUUCUGAAUA